AUGACAACGAUGUUCGUCCAACUGCGCCGCGUGGUGUACCUGUUGGUACUUCUGCAGUGCUGUGUGUGUGUGGCUUACGCUGAAGAUACGAAGGAAUCUGCACAAGAUGUUGUUUCAAGGAAGGAAAAUAGUUUAAAGGAGGUGGAAGGUAUGAUGGAUGCCACACUCAAAGAAGCACUACAGAAUAUAAGUGAACUGGAUAGUAAAUUGAAAUUAUGGAAAGAGCAUGCUGAACUUGCUAAAUCUGCUGCUAAUGAAGUUACACAAAUGCGCCAAGUGAUUGAAGCUGCAAUAAGGAAGAAUAAUGAUGUCCCUGUUGAGAGUAAAGGUGCUGUUGGUGAUAGUUUAACUGAAGAGCUGCUGAAAAGUGCUUCAGAAGCAGUAAAGAAUACUCAGGUUGCUGUUAAAAAUGCAAGAAGUUCAGCGUCCGCUGCAAAGGAGUUGGGAAAGUCCUGUUAUGAUGCGUAUGACAAAUUAAACAGUUUGGUAUGGGCUCAUAGGGCUGCGUUGACGAGAUAUACAAGUGCAAUUGAUGAGGCAGGACUAAACGAACCUAAAAUGACAGAAAAAAGGAAGAUCGCUGACGAGAGCAAGCAGAAACAGCAAAAAGCACACGAUGUCGUACCUAGUGUUAUUGAUGCCGGUAAAAAGUGUCUGCUAUCUGAAAGGGAGACCAAUUUACAGGCUGUUCAUGCAGAAAGAGCAAUGAGAAAGCUUGAAACUGUUAUAAAUCAGGUCGAAGCUAUCAUUGGAAUAAGUAGUACUUUGACUCCGGAAAAAGUGCCAGGGGCUGACUCGCGUGCAAGUAUCACACAGUCAAGUGACAGCAGCAGCAGUCCUGCAUUGGUGCACAGUCCCUUAUUGCUGCUUCUUGUUCUGAUGUGUGUGCUGGGCUGCACUGCGGUGUUCUAA